AUGGGAUUCGGCCCGCUGGAAACCCAUAACACCCGGAUGCGUAUUUUGCUCACGCGUCCAAGCAGUGCGCUAAUUUUACUGCUACUGGAUGCCUGCAUCUGGUUACAGCGCACGGACGUGGUCGAUUUUCGCAACCGGGUCCAAGACAUCCCGUCCCAAUUCAUCUAUGACGUGUACGACUUUGUGGUGAUUGGUGGCGGUAGUGCGGGUGCGGCCGUAGCCGCCCGACUGUCCGAGGUGUGCGAUUGGAACGUACUGCUGCUGGAGGCUGGCACGGAUGAGACGUUUCUCAGCGAUCUACCCUAUCUGUAUCCGGCGCUCCAGAAGGGACCGCUCGACUGGCAGUUUGAAACCGAACCGAACGAACGCUUCUGUCAAGGAAUGCGCGAUAAUCGGUGCAGUUGGCCGCGCGGCAAAGUUCUCGGUGGUUCCUCGGUGCUGAACGCGAUGAUGUACGUGCGGGGAAAUCCCGAAGAUUACGACGAAUGGGCCCAUCUGGGUAAUGCGGGAUGGAGCUGGCGCGAUGUACUGCCGUACUUCGUGAAGAUGGAGAAUGUGCGCGAUCCAAGGAUUGCUGGCCGUCCAUAUCACGGCACGACGGGCCCGAUGACGGUGGAGCUGUUCCGCAACCACACGUCACUGCAAGCCAUGUUUCUGGAGGCGGCACGCGAGCUAGGCAUGAAGCUAUCGGACGAAAUUAAUGGACCCGAUCAGUUGGUGUUUGCACCGCUGCAUGGUUCCAUCCGCGAUGGGUUGCGGUGUAGUACGGCGAAAGGGUACCUGCGUCCGGUAGCCAACCGGAAGAACCUACACAUCUCGAUGAACUCGAUGGUGGAGCGAAUACUGAUUGACCCCAAGGAUCGACGUGCCUAUGGUGUUCUGUUUCGCAAAGGCAACCGGCGUCAGUUUGUGCUGGUGACGAAGGAGGUCGUCCUCUCGGCUGGCGCCCUCAACUCUCCCCAUCUGCUAAUGCUUUCCGGCGUUGGACCACGGGAUCAGUUACAGCGGCAUGACAUACGUGUGAUUCGCGAAUUGCCCGGCGUCGGACAAAACCUGCAGGAUCACGUAGCAGCUGGUGGAGGUGUGUUUUUGAUUCAGAAUCCGCACGGAAACACACCCCUUUCGGUGCGUUUGGUUGAGGUUAACGAUGUGUCAACUGCACGCGAUUUUCUCUUUCGCAAUCAGGGCCGGCUGGUCGCGAUGCCGUCCUGCGAGGUGAUGGGAUUCAUCAACACCAAGUACAACAGCCCCGGAAGCCACCGGGGUGAUGUGCAGAUCUUCAUGUCGGCACAAUCGGACAUCUCGGACGGCGGCACCGAGGGUUUGGCUGGGGCAGGCCUUACGUACGAUUAUUAUGCGCGCAACUUUGAAUCAUGGGUGUACCAUGAUUCGUUUCUCAUCAUGCCACUGUUAAUGCGCCCCGAGAGUCGCGGAUGGCUUGAACUACCCAGCGCAGAUCCGUACGACAAGAUCAAGAUCCAUCCCAACUAUUUUGCCGUCGAGCGAGAUCUGGACAUCUUGGUGGAGGGACUCAAAUUUGGCGUUCGUGUGGCGGAAACGUCCGUAAUGAGAAGCAUCAACGCGACAUUCAUCUACGAUGCGGAGCAUGGCGAUACGUGCCACGGAAUCACCGGUGACGAGUUUUUCAAAUGCCUCAUACAGCACUACUCGCAGACUAUUUACCAUCCGACGGGUACUGCCAAGAUGGGACUCGCCACCGAUCCAAUGGCAGUGGUGGACAGUCAGCUACGGGUACACGGCAUAGGCGGGUUGCGUGUGGUGGAUGCCAGCAUAAUGCCGACGAUAACCACCGGAAAUACGAACGCGCCUACGAUCAUGAUAGCAGAACGCGGUGCCGAUCUGAUCAAGUAUGCGCAUUUGCCGGCAUUGGUGCGCGAAGAGCAUUACCGACAGUGUGACAGCAUCGACUACCAAUAUCACCCAACGAGAAGCAAUACGGUGCCGCGAACGACACACACACUUAAAGCAACGCCAUAA